UCUCAAACUCACUAUGGAUGAAUCUACCAAAGAACUAGUGUUACGCCUUAUGCAAGAAGAUGUGAAAGACACACUGGAACUAUAUAAGGGCAAGCGGCGUAUUAGUCAAAUGACUGACCGCGAACUGGCACUUACCGAAUGGACACAAGAGCUACACCAUUAUGCAUCGGACUUGCAGGACUGCAGAAUGGCCAGGAGCGUAGCGAGAGCAGUUUUAAAUGAUGGCGUUGCUAUCGAGGCUGCAAUAGCUGAAGAAAACAGAGACUUUGGGGAUCGAAUGAUAGCAUUACAACUAGAUGGACUUGACCAAUCAACUCCUGCUCAACUAUUGGGACAGGCAAACGCUACUAUGGCUGGCCUAACAGGUUUGAUGGGGGGUCCUAGUACAGUGUCGAAAGAUUUGGGCCCUGCAGGUUUACCGAAAGUUCCGACUUCAGAACUGGUGGAGAACAAGUUCCCAACGGCCGAGAGCUCGAGGCAUGCUGCUACCCGCAAGUCCGAAAGCCAGCCGCACUUCGAAUGUGUAGCGUGCCUGGAAGUUAAGCCUUUCUUUGACAUACUCACGGCACCAUGCUCCCAUCACUACUGCAAGGCCUGUACCGACCGGCUGGUGCGAGACUCCUUCGUCGACGAGUCGCUUUUCCCUCCAAGAUGUUGUCGCAUGCCAAUCCCUUUACCUACGCUGCAGGCAUUUCUCACCAAGGUAUCAAUUCGACGAUUUAAGGAGAAGGAGAUGGAGCACAAUGACUUUAAUAGGACAUAUUGUGCAAACCCGUUGUGUUCGCGAUACAUCCUCCCUAAUCCUGUGUUACUCGCUAUCCGGACAUGCCCUUCUUGUAACAUGGCCACUUGUACGACGUGUAAGCGGCAAGCUCACACGGGUGUAUGUAUUAAAGAGGAAAUUGAGGUUCUGGAGUUAGCGAAAAGAGAAGGGUGGCAGCGCUGCGCGAGAUGUCGUAACAUCGUUGAGUUAAAAAAUGGCUGUAAUCACAUCACGUGUCGUUGUGGAUUCGAAUUUUGCUACCUCUGUGGUUUGAAGUGGAAAAUUUGUGAGUGUGAUGUAUGGGACGAAAUGCGGCUCAUCAACAGAGCACAACAGGUUGCAGCUCAAGAUGGAGGAAAUCAGCGACCCGCACAGCAAGAGGUUCAGAGGGCAGUACUCCAGAUUCAUGAGCAGCGCGGCUGUCAGCAUGAUGGCCGUUGGAGAAGACGUCAGGGAGAGCAUUUGUGCGAUUUAUGCCACGACUUGCUUCCCGCAUUCAUUCUACAAUGCCAGUAUUGCCGGAUUGAGGUAUGCGUACGCUGCAGAUAUAAUCGUCUCUGAUUUGUAUUCAACAAAAAAGUACUUCAGAACGAGACAGGUUCCAAUGUGCGAUUUGAUACGGAUUGAACAGACAGAUGUAGAGAGUGGGUAGACAGUUACCCGACAGCUAACACCCACUGUAUAAGCGGAGUUGGAAUGAUGACAUGACAUCCAACCAAGGAAGACGUGAGUUGGUAGAUAGUACCCAUGUAUUUAUUACCUACAGUCGCGUGAUGAUAG